ACCAGAGCCGUUUGCACUUUAACCAACCAGAGGUGAGCCCACCCAUUUCGCACGUUUUCUCAUUACUCAGAGUUUCCCUUUUCUGAAGGUCGCUAGAGCCCCUUUGAAGCAACAUCUCUGGUCUUGGGGGACAGACAAGAGCAGAAAUGUUUUCUAAAACAUCAUUGGGGAGGCCUCCGUAUCUGGUGGACACUCAGGCCACUAUGCCUCCAUUGCCGCCCAGGAUGAAACAACGGGGACAGCAAAGCAAUUUUGGGCAGACCUUGUUGUUUGUGUUGAUGAGCCUGGCUCUGAGCUGCAUUGUCAUUGAAGCCUGCUUUAUCUAUCGACUUUAUCAAUCUGAAGCUAAACAUGAGAUGUCAUUCUCCAAGCAAGUUGGAGGUGAAGUUACAACUCCCACUAAAACGUCCGUACACGAUGUUCUUCCUUCCAAACCGGUUGCACAUUUGACAGAUGGACAAGACGUGGUUCAUGGAAAGCAUAUCCUGUCUUGGAGCAGGAUUGCAGAUCCUCUUCUGUAUGAAAUGAGCUACAGGGAGGGCAACCUAAUCAUCCACCAAGAGGGCUAUUAUUAUAUCUACUCAAAAGUGUUCUACUUAGAAAAAGACAGUUUUUACCACUAUGUCAUGCGACACACUGAACGAAUGGCUGGGGCAAAUAUCACCCUUCUUCUGGCCAGAAAGUACUCUCCGCGUUUGUGCUCAACAAAGUCCAAUAGUCACGCAGCGACGAGGUCCAACAGUUACCUGGCUGGAGUGUUUCAUCUCCUCCAAAACGAUUCUCUUUAUGUGAACGUCAGUGAUUCAAGCCAUGUCCUCCGACACAAAUCCAUGGAGAACUUCUUUGGAGCAUUUAUGAUAUAGAUAGCACGUUUUUACUCCUCACUGAUCUCUUCCUAUAAGAGAAUGUAAUUCUGAAAAAUUUCUCAGGGACUUUUGUUUGACAUGAAAGACCACAAGCAGCAAAGGUGUAAAAUGAUUAUGCUGCAUGUUGGGGUGACUGUGAUGGUGGCUUUAUGUUGUGGGUGAAAGUUUUACUUGAACUUUUCAAACGUUUUUUUUUAUACCAAAUUGAAAGCCUUAAACUUUGAUAGUCUAUGUUUAUUUUCUACUCAAUUUAUCAUGCUCCUGCAUAAUGUAACUGUGAAAUUUCUGCUUAAACACUUAUUGCACACAUUAAUUUAUUCCUGCGAGAUUAAUGUGCAUUAUUAUGCUUUAUUGGUGCACAUUUAUGUAAUGAAAUAAACAGAGAAAGGUCAUGUUUCA